AGCAACUCUCUUGACCAUCAUGAUCUCACCCUCGACAUCAUAGUCACCGAUCUGGGGCUAGGUCAGGGUAUAAGAACAACCCCGAAUCUCCCUAUCAAUCCUUCAAAGAAGCAAUCAUUAGCUUAAGCAUAAGCAAGUCAAAUACCACCACCAGAACAAUACAACCAAUACACCAAAAUGGCCUACAACCAGAACCCGGGUAACUUCUUGAACCGCCCACCAGGCGAGGUCGAAGACAUUGCUCGCAAGGGCGGCCAGCAAAGCCACGCCGGUGGCUUCGCCAGCAUGGACACCGACAAGCAGCGCGAUAUCGCGUCCCAGGGCGGCCAAGCCUCCAGUGGAAGCUUCCAGCCCGGCGAGCAGCGUGCGAAGGAAGCUGGAAGGAAGGGCGGCAAGGCAACGGGGUAUGGAUAUCCUGAGGAAUAAGCCUAGGCGGCUUGAACUGGAUGGAUGUUAAGGACGUUUUUAUAUUUAUGACUAUCUUUGAUCUACUACCUACCUGUCCGAUUGCAGUAUACGAGCAACGGAAGGAGGGAAC